ACAGUGCAAAGCCCUGCCCGAGUCUCCGAGUGAGCUGGAGUGCGUAGGAAGUAACCAAGCGAGGCCGCUCUGUUGGACGCCUUCGUCAACAAGUGAUUUUUGCCCGAAACGUCCCGCGUUACGAAACGUGAGCUAGACCAACGCAUCGGGGACGUGACCUACUGAAUCGCAAUUAGCUACCACUCGUUGGCCCAACGAUGCCGAGGGCCAGAAGAAUGAUCCUGGGGCACGUCAUGUCCGGGCUGUGCUCGAAAAUGAACCGUACCAAGCAGCUUCCGGCGGACCUGAUGGAAACACCCCUCAAUCGAUGUCUCAACACGUUCGACAUUACGCUAUUGGGAAUCGGGCAUAUGGUUGGAGCCGGCAUCUACGUGCUCACCGGUACGGUUGCCCGAGAAAUGGCCGGGCCCGCCAUUGUACUCUCCUUCCUCCUGGCGGGGCUUGUCUCCCUUCUUGCGGCACUGUGCUACGCAGAGUUUGGAACGCGCGUCCCGAAAGCUGGCUCGGCCUACGUCUACACGUACGUUUCGAUCGGCGAGUUCUGGGCCUUCGUCAUCGGUUGGAACAUUAUCCUGGAGCAUAUGCUCGGUGCCGCAUCAGUGGCCCGUGCCUGGAGUGGCUACGUCGACUCGAUGCUGGGUAAUAUGGUGGCGAACUUCACGAUGGAACUGACGGGCGAGAUGCACGAGCAGCUACUGGCCAAGUAUCCCGACUUUCUGGCGUUCUUCGUAUGCUUGAGUUACGCGGUGGCCCUGGCGGCCGGUGUGAAAGCGACUGCCAUGAUCAACAGCAUCCUAACGACGGUGAACGUGGCCGUAAUGGCGUUGGUGGUGGUGUUGGGUUUCUGGUACGCAUCGCCCCAGAAUUGGUCGCUACCAGAGCAAGGUUUCAUGCCGUACGGCUUUGGCGGCGUUCUGGCUGGUGCCGCCACCUGUUUCUACGCGUUCGUCGGCUUCGACAGUAUUGCGACAUCCGGCGAGGAAGCGAAAAACCCGAGCGUAUCCAUCCCCUUGGCCACCAUUCUGUCACUGUGCGUGGUCACGGUCGGGUACGUCCUGGUGAGCGCUGCUCUGACGCUUCUGAUACCGUACGAUGAGAUCAAUCCGGUCGCGGCCCUUCCGGACGCGUUUGGAACGCGAGGUAUCACCUGGGCAAAGUACGCCAUCUCGACGGGAGCCAUCUGUGGUAUGACGACGACUCUGCUCGGGUCACUGUUCGCGCUACCACGCUGUAUCUACGCGAUGGCCAGCGAUGGGCUAUUGUUUUCGUGCUUUGGCAAGGUAAACACUAAAACGCAAGUUCCACUGCUAAACCUGGCUCUGUCCGGUAUCUGUAGCGCGCUACUGGCGCUACUGUUUGAUCUCGAGAAGUUGGUGGAGUUCAUGUCGAUCGGAACACUGCUUGCGUACACGAUCGUUUCGGCGAGUGUGAUCGUUCUGCGCUAUCGGCCCAUCUCGGUGGAGGAAACGGUCCAUCUCGCCCCAGACACACCCGGUACGGACGAGGAAGACGGCGAUUCAUCAUCCCAAUCGAGCACGAUCGAUCCGUCGUCUCCGACGAGUGAAAUGAUUGAGAUCGCUCUGGCCGGUCGACUGCGACCACAGUUUCGUUGGCUCGAGCCAGUCCUGGGACGUUGCGAGCCGGGCGUUGCCUGUUCCGGUGCAGUACUCAUGUUCUGUGUGCUGAGUGUGGCUGUCUGCUUCCAGCUCGAAAGUUCAUGGGAUGAGCUGUACCACGGCACCUGGUGGGCACUGGGUUUGUACGGGUUUCUGCUCUUCUGCUUGGUUGCCUGCGUUGUGGUCAUUUCGGCUCACCAUCAAAACACACGAGGACUUCAGUUUAAAGUGCCGUUCGUGCCGUAUGUCCCAGCGUUGAGCAUCUUCUGCAACAUAGAACUGAUGGUCCACCUGAGCUUCCUGACUUGGUUGAGAUUCUUUAUCUGGCUUUCGAUCGGCAUGCUGGUGUACUUCCUGUACGGCAUUCACAACAGCAAGGAAGGCGAACUCGGAACGUCCUACUCGAUGCUGAUGUCAACUAACGAGGCCAUCCGGGGCUGGGGAGCCACCAGCACCGCACUCGGUGGUGGUACCAAGGUAACGGUAACGAAAAUCAUAAAAGGCCGAAUCAGUCGCAAGACGGCCGGCGACAGACAAGCGAUCGUCGACGAUGAUGAGGAUGAUGAUUCCUAAAUGCAAUCUUAUCAGCAGUGCUCAGGCCUUGUUUGAUUAAGCGUUUAAAUUUAUGAUUUUCCUUGGUUUUCAUUUUAUAAGUUGAAAAUUCUCGAAAAUGGGAUUCGCUUGCAGUUUCCACUCUACGAACGGUAAAUUUAUUCGCAUCAGUCUGAAUACUUAGCUACCAGCAAAGGUACUAGUCGCGGCCAUUGGUGUGUUGAACAUUUCGUUACACAGUAUUAACCUUUAUGCUACCUAGCAAUUGCCUUAGAAAUGAAUGUCCCAGCGUAGAACCUAAACCAAAAUUACAAAUAAUUAACAUUAUCAACCUGUCCGUUUAACACGCAGGUACUAAACAGAAUGAUAGUCUAUGUUGAUGCGGAAAAAUAUUUAAAACAGUUUACUCUAAAAAACGUCCCUUAGAUGAAUAGCGCUGUUAAAGAGCAUAAUACGCUUUUAUCGGUUUUACACUCCAGAUGAUUCCUAUUGUUACUUAGUAGUUUAUCGGUAAUGUUUUUGGAAGAAUGAUGCGACAAAUUAAUCAUUUAGCUUAAUUCAGUUAUUCGAUCUGCUGGGCGGGCUUUGGGUGCAGCCGGUACAGAGCAGAGCAAAGGAAUACCACCGUUCGUAUCAUUGGACACGUUUUGUACUACCUUCGAACACUUUCCACACACGGGUCACAAACUACUACGAUUCCUUCGUUUCCAUCAUCGCUGUGCUGUGCAAACUAUAUAGGAAUAUGCGGAGGCUUUCGAAGGGAGCGCCUUGUCGUUUAAUUUUGGGAACGUGUAGAUUUAACUAAACAUAGAGUGCUGGUCGGAUGGAUCUACUAGCACUAUCAACCGUAUAUGUAUCAUAACGUACCAUUAUACUAUAGAUAAAAACACGCACGGUAAAUGCAUUCAACAUAUUGUCAUAAAUCGGAAUAAUAAGUUACCCUAUAAGGGCCUAAGGAACACGGGCCGUAUGCGAUAGAGAGUAUCUUGAAAAGAUUUACGUACGAAACAACCGACAAACUUUUAGCGGUGAUUUUUUAAUUUAUUAUGAGCAAUCACAACGUGGCUGACAAAAGAACCAAAGAGGAUGGUAAUGUGGAUCCUUGCAUACCAAUCAAACUUGUUCAAUUAUGAAUACCACCUACGGUAUGAUUCCAGAUUCUACAGUUUCUACAGGUUCUACAACACUUUUUAUCUCUAAUUUAUGGAACUGUGUACAUGCAAACAAAAACUGAGCAACCAAAAAACAGAAGUGAAGAAAAAACAUGGUAUAAAUUUAUUCACCUUUAAGAAACUUAGCAUACACCACAUAAAUA